GAUGGACUUUUCUUUGUGCAGCAGUCAGCAGAAGAGGAGGAAGCAGCGCAGAGGAGAAUUUCCACGGUGUGAGAGGAGUUUCCAGUCUGGGCGGAGCCACGCUGCAGGAAGUCCGAUGCAGGAAGUCCAGAGUCCGCUGUAGUCUCUGGGUUAUUUCAGCUGUCAAACAUGUUCCUCCUGCCGCACCGGGACGCGUCAGUCCGCAUCAGGCUCUGAGCUGGAAGCACUGCGGACUGUGCGCGAUGAGUCAGGCCCUGCUGCUGGAUCUGGUUCACGGCUGCUGCCCGACGUGCGCCGGCUCGUCUCUGCUGGAGGAGUCCGCCUCAGACUCGCAUGUGUUCCUGCUGUGCGGGAAGCGUCACCGGGACGCUGAGGAGACGAACGGCUUCUCAGACCGGUUCCUCAGCGCGUGCAGCAGCGUGCAGGUCCUGGACUCCGGCUCCACCGCGGAGUGUUUGUACCGCUUCAAGCAGACCGUGGACCAGCUGGACCUGAGCUCCAUCAGGGUUCUCACCACCCCGCGGGGCCGUGACGCGCUGGUCCCGUACCAGGACCUGCUGUUCACGGCCGUGUACACGUUUGAUUACAAAGUGAGGUCGGUGGGCACUUUCACCUGUCCGAGCUGCUCAGGCUCCGCCGACACGGACUCACCUGGUGAAGGAGUCCGAGAAGAAGAAGAAGUGUCCGCGUUUGUGCAGCAGCUUCCUGCUCUGAAGGGGGAGAUCACCGUGCUCAAGUCAACGCUGAUCCCAGACUGUUUCGGUCAUGGCUUCAGUACUCGGACAGGUGGCGUGUCCUACAUACCAACCCUGUCCUCCUUGAAUCUGUUCAGCAGCAGCAGGAGGAGGGACCCCGGGGCCGUGGUGAUGGAGAACAGACGCCGACUGGCCCUCCAUGCCGGCUUCCACCCCAAGCCGCUUCGCCUGGUCAAGGUGAACCAUGCCAGUGAUGUUUGGGUCAUGGGCAAAGCUGAGCCUGAGAGCUACGACGGGAUGGUGACUAAUCAGACAGGGAUUGUUUUAGCAGCUCCGGGAGCCGACUGCAUGCCGAUCCUGUUUGCUGAUCCGGUGUUAAAGGUCAUCGGAGCAGCUCAUGCAGGUUGGAGAGGGACCCUGAUGGGGGUUGGCAUGGCGACAGUGGAGGCCAUGGUAACAGAAUUUGGUUGCCAGGUGAGCAACAUUGUUGUGGUGGUGGGACCAUCUGUGGGGGCGUGUUGCUUCACCAAGGAGAAGGAGCAGGCACUGGACUUCAUCCGCAUCCACCCAGACUGUGUCCCUGAUCCAGACUCAGACAGACCACAUGUCAACAUCCGCCUCGCCAACAGAAUCCUCCUCCAGAAAGGUGGGAUCCUGCCUGAACACAUCCAUGACGACACGGUGACGGACCGGCCCUGUGUGACGCCCUGCACCUCCUGUCACCCUGAACUCUUCUUCUCCCACGUCAGGGACGGGCUUCACUUCGGCACCCAGGUGGGCUUCCUGUGGAUCAAAGAAACGGCAGAACAGGCCCAACAUCCAGCGGGCGAGAGCGAAUUAAAGUGAAAUAUUUAAUCCAGCCUGUCAUAGUGAAUAAUGACUGGUUCAAUCUGUACAGCAUGUUGCACAAUUUGUAUUUGGUGUUCAGCUGUUUAAAAGCAUAUUAAUACUGAUGUCAAAUAAACUUUAACUGCACUGAAAA